UCUACUUAAGCUGUGGGGCUGCUGGCUUGCUUUUCUCUCCAACUGUUCUCCACCACAGAAACGUUUUUCUUCUGCCGUGAAUUGUUCCAUCGUUCGCGUUGUGACUACAGUCGGAGAAUACCUAGCAGCGCACGCAUCGCACUCCAUCACAUACUCAGUCAUUAUGCGGAGAAGUUCGUCGGUUUGGGUGUUGACUGCACUGUCAUCGCGUGUCUUGUGCCAUGGGAUGCCGUAUGGGAAUUCAACCACACCUGUGACUCUUCAUCCAUAUGGAUCAGGGGCGCCCGUGCCAAUUCCAACUUUGCCUUCGCAUUCAAAACAGGAAGAGCCAUGUGAGACGUCAACAACGAUAUCGACCUUAUCGCCAUCUUCAUCAGCAACAUCAGCAGAAUCGUACGAAACAAGCUCGGCCAUCGCAUAUCCUUCUGUACCAGUGCUGAGCAGUUAUGGCAUCCCACUCCUGCCGUCGUCGGCGGUUGGCUCUAGGUUUCUAAACUCUUCAACCUACGCGUAUCCGUCGCCUUCGGGGACAGUCGGGUAUCCCUUGUUGGUUACGUCAGUUGUUGGCAUUGUAUCGACUGCCAGUGAGGAGAAGACUACGACUGUGGUGGUCACUACCUCGACGACUUUGACUGUCGUUGUGCCUGUGCCGGUGGGUUCGGAGACGUCGACGGUGUUGGUGUCGGUGUCUGAGAGUGCAACGCCAUCGUUGUCAGUGUCGGUAUCGUCGAUAUAUUCACCAUCAUCGCCUUCACCCUCAUCGCCGUCGUCGCUUUUGCCAACAUCGUCUUCGCUUUUGCCAACAUCGUCUUCGCUUUUGCCAACAUCGUCGUCGCUUUUGCCAACAUCGUCGUCGCUUUUGCCAACAUCGUCGUCGCUUUUGCCAACAUCGUCGUCGCUUUUGCCAACACCGCCUUCGAGUAGUGGUCUCGCGUCCUCAUCAUCAGAAGUGUCUACAACGACUGUCACUUUCGUCACAGAGACUCUACCCGUCGCUUCAGCAGUCUCCAGCAUGGCAUCAUCCAUCGUCUCGGGCUCGUCUUCUCUCGUCUCAUCACAACAAAUUCUAACCACAUCAACAUCCACAUCCACCACUUAUGUCACGGAAACUCUUUCCACUCCUCCUAUGGUCUCCAGCACGCUGUCAUCGCUCGUUUCGAGUGCUUCGUCUAUCAUUUCAACAUCUCAGGCCUCGACCACACCAGCACCAACUACUUUGGUCACCUCGACCAGCUCUGCAUCGUUGGACAUCCCUAGCGUUCUCUCAUCGAUCGCCUCAAUGCUGUCCUCCGCCUUCGCAACCACAAAGACUUCAAGCACGUCGGCGCAGACCACCCUCACCACGUCGGUCAGCUCCGCCUCCAACGCUGCAUCUUCUAGUGCUCUGUCUUCCGGCGCUGUGUCUUCCGGCGCUGUGUCUUCCAGUGCCACGCCUUCCAGUGCCACGCCUUCCAGUGCCACGCCUUCCAGUGCCACGCCUUCCAGUGCUGCAUCAUCCAAUGCCGCGCCUUCGAGUGCUCUGUCUUCCAGUGCAGCGUCUUCCAGCGCCGCAUCUCCCACUGUAUCCGCACCAUCGUCCACCGCACCAGCCUCGCAAAGCACAGCCCCCUCAUCCCCCCCGGCCUCAUCCUCAUCCACCAUGUCAACCAGCGCCAUCGCAGCCGGCUCAUCUGUCUUCACUACCCGCCCCUCCAGCACAUCAUCCACCUCCUCCUCUUCCACGUCCUCCACAACACCCAACGCAUCCGAAAUCCCGCCUGCGCCGGAAGCGUCCAGCGGAGCGGGCGGACACCGCGAGGAGAAAGUAUGGUGGCUUCUUUUCCUCGUCCCCGUUGUGUUCGCCUUGUAAGCGAGACUGCGUUUCAUGAUUUUAGUGCUUGUUCUAUGAUACCACUUGAUACUUUUUAGCGCGUGGAAGAGGGGAUUUUGGGAGUAUUGGGUACUGGUAAUACGAUAUGGGGUGCUGGUGGGGAUUUGGAAAGACGUGUAAUUUAUGUUGGGUUCACGAUGCCCCGUCUGGGUGGGGUUUGUAUAUAUUUAUAUAGCUAUAUAGCUUGGCACAAGUUGCCGUAAUUUAUUGAAUGUAUAUUGUUCGUAC